AUGAGAAUUUCCGAGGAGGGGGCGGAGAAAGGGGGUAAAGAAAGUGAAGCUCAGGCAACAGCCCUCGGCGGGGGAGGGAGGGGUGCACCCCUGACCCACUUUUCCCCGCGCUCACCCUCCGGCCCACGCCCCACCCCGCGUGGAAGUCCGAGCCCAGAGGGGGCAAUCGAGCGGCGCGUGGGAGGCCUGCACGGUCCCCACCCUCACCCGCGACCCGGAGGAGGGGAGCGUGCAAGGCGGCUCGACUCCCCCUCCUGGAGUGCCGUGGGCUGGACAAACCUCCGCAGGCUCGCGGCCGGGGUCUGCGAGGCCCCCUCCACGGCCUGGGCCGAGGGCUCCGCGGCCCCCACCGGAGGGGAAGGGGGCCAGGGAGGGAAAGAAGCUGUAAACAGCCCCAGCGUCCGGGCCUCGCCUCGAAGAGCCCCGCUUCCCAGGCCCCGCUGCGGGCCGUCUGGGCCCCGGGGCCGACCCUCCCGGGACUUGCAGGACCGGAGGGCUCCGGCAGCUCGCGGAGCGGUCCCAGCAGCAGAGAAGGGGGAAUUCAGGACUUACCUCUCAUUACUUUCUACGCCAUCUUGGAUCCACUAUGGCAACGCCCCCACAAAGCAUUAUGGACGGGGGUCGCCCUCGGGGCCCCGGAGCCCCACAGCCCUGCAGGCCAACCGGCGCUCUGAAUGCAGCAUCCGCGUAUGGAAAGAUGCCUCUGUCCUGCCAAACCGUUCCGGGGCCUUCGGGCUCCGGAACCUGGGCGGACACAGUGUCCCCGAGCCUACCGGCAUCGCAGCGCGUAACUCGGGGGCACAGAUAGCGAGCUCUGGCCGGGGAGCAGAGGCGCGCAAGGGCUCAAGGGAGGGUCCUGGAGAGGGGCCGGGGCCGGAAGGAGGGUCGCCUGGCUGCGACGGGGCGCGCUGGAAGUUGGGGCGCCUAGAUGCCUGCCGGGGAACCAGGCGAGCGACCCCGCAGCCCACGCCCGCCGCCUGGGCCUCUGCUCCUGCCCGAGGGCUCGCGGCAGGGGAGCUGAGCGCCCUCGCGAUUCUCGCCGCCCACGUUCCGUUGCGCGGGCGAGCAGAGCUUCAGCCCGCGCCCUCGCGCGGUGUUCCCCUUGCCUCGGGGCCCGUUGGAAGCUAUUUUGCCAGCCACUUCAUUAUGGGAGGAGAGGAGUUUGAUUCAAUUCAUCCUGAAGGCUACCUCGAUCUGAACUUUCUGGGAAACAGACGAGUUGCAUUUCCUUACACUGCCCCUCCUCCCCAAGAACCAGUGAAGACUCUGAGAAGCCUAAUCAACAUCCGAAAGGAUACACUAAGACUCGUCAAAUGUGCCGAGGAAGUGAAGACCCCGGGGGAAGAGGCCGGCAGAGCGAAAGUCCACUACAGCGUGGAGUUCACCUUUGACAUGGAUGCUCGGAUGGCCAUCACCAUCUAUUAUCAGGCCACCAAAGAGUUCCAGAAUGGGAUUGCCAGCUACAUCCCCAAAGACAACAGCCUGCAGUCAGAGACGGUGCGCUACAAGCGUGGGGUGUGCCAGCAGUUCUGCCUGCCCUCCCACACCGUGGACCCCUCCGAGUGGGCUGAAGAGGAGCUUGUCUUUGACCGGAACAGAGAGGUUUACCCGUUAGUGGUCCAUGCUGUGGUGGAUGAAGGAGAUGAGUAUUUUGGCCAUUGCCACGUCCUGCUGGGCACUUUUGAAAAGCACACAGAUGGGACUUUCUGUGUCAAGCCCCUCAAGCAGAAACAAGUAGUGGAUGGGGUCAGCUACCUCCUUCAGGAGAUCUAUGGAAUUGAAAAGAAGUACAACACGCAAGAGUCUAAGGUGGCUGAGGAUGAAGUGAGUGAUAACAGUGCCGAGUGUGUGGUGUGUCUCUCAGAUGUGCGGGACACCUUGAUUCUGCCAUGUCGUCACCUCUGCCUGUGUAACACCUGCGCCGACACCCUGCGCUACCAGGCCAACAACUGCCCCAUCUGCUGACUGCCUUUCCAGGCACGGCUUCAGAUCAGAGCCAUGAGGAAGAAACUGGGCCCUCUGUCCCCAACCAGCUUUAACCCCAUCCUCUCAUCCCAGACAUCCGACUCAGAAGAGCAUUCAUCCUCGGAGAGCAUUCCACCGGGUUAUGAAGUGGUGUCUCUUCUGGAGGCCCUCAAUGGGGCCCUUACCCCAUCCCCGGCAGUCCCCCCACUCCACGUGCUUGGAGACAGACAUCUGUCGGGAAUGCUGCCUUCCUACAGCAGUGACGGCCACCUGCCUCCUGUCCGGAUGCUCUCCCCCCUCGACCGCCUGUCCGACUGCAGCAGCCCAGGACUCAAGCUCAGAAAUAGUCUCUCCAAGUCCAUCUCCCAGAAUUCUUCUGUGCUGCACGAAGAGGAAGAUGAGCGUUCAUGCAGCGAAUCUGAGACGCCCCUGUCUCAGAGACCGUCAGCCCAACAUCUCAGAGAGGAAUGUGGCAUCACACCAGAAAGUGAGAACCUGACCUUGUCAUCGUCAGCAGCUAUUGAGCAGUCAUCAUGCACGGGGACGCCUCUCUCCUCCACAAUUUCCUCCCCAGAAGACACUGCCAGCAGCAGUCUGGCCCAGUCGGUCAUGUCCAUGGUGUCCUCCCAGAUGAGCACCGACACCGUCUCCUCCAUGUCCGGCUCCUACAUCGCCCCUGGCAUGGAAGAGGAUGGGGAGGCUCUCCCCUGCCCCCGGGCCGACAGCAGGACCCCCUCAGAAGAAGCAGAGGUGACGCCAGCAGCGUCUCCAGACUGCAACUUUGCGGGCCUCACCGCCGCCGCCAAAGAGCAGGAUGCAGAGGGAAAUGAUGUUCUAGAAGAAGAGGACAGACCACCCACACAAGAAGAUGGUAAAAGACCUGUGAACAAAACGGCUGAUAUUACAGUAGCAGAAGGAUCACAGCAGGCCAGCAAGGCCACCAAGAUCACCCUGUCGGCCAUCUACAAUUGGAUCACGGACAACUUCUGCUACUUCCACCAUGCUGAUCCCACCUGGCAGAACUUCUUCCGGCACAACCUGUCCCUGUACAAGGUCUUCAUCAAGGUGCCAGAGAAGGACAAGCCAGGCAAGGGGGGCUUCUGGAGCAUCGACCCCCAGUACGCCGAGCGGCUGCUGAGUGGGGCCUUGAAGAAGCGGCGGCUGCCCCCAGUCCACAUCCACCUGGCCUUUGACCGCCAGGCCGCGCCGGAGCCCAGCGCCGCCCCAUGGGCCGGGCCACUGACCGUGAGCCCCGAGGUCCUGCAGCUGCUGUGGGAGUUCGAGGAGGCCACUGGGGAGGCGGGCUGGGGUGCAGGCGAGGGCAGGCUGGGGCGUAAGCAUAAACAGCCGCUUCCCAAGCAGGUGGCCAAGAUCCCGCGGCCCUCCAGCCCCCUGCUGCUGACCCAGGAGGAGCAGGAUGAGCUAGAACCCCUCAAGGGCAACUUUGACUGGGAGGCCAUCUUGGACGCUGGCACGCUGGACGGGGAGCUGGGCACGGUGGAGACCUCGGAGCUGAGCCCACCGCUGAGCCCUGCCUCACACGGGGACGUGGACCUCACCAUCCAUGGCCACCACAUCGACUGCCCUGUUCCCUGGGGGCUUCCAGUGGAGCACGCUACCGACAUCCUGGACUUUGAUGAGACCUUCCUGGCCACAUCCUUCCUAAAACACCCCUAGGAGAGCACCCGUAGCUCCCUGCCCUCCGAGGCCCUCUUUUAGGCUGGGGAUGCCACACUGGCCUCUGACGUGCAUGACUGGGCGAGCCUGAGCGCCUUCUUGUAA